AUGUCAGCCCAACAAGACAAAUUUUUUUAUUUGUUAAGAGUUAGAAAAAUUCGUAGAAAUACUCGUCUUCGCAGAGAAUACUUAUAUAAAAAGUCUUUAGAGUCGAAAGAGCGUGCGAUCUUUGACCGUAAACAAAAGAUCAAAGAGGCAAUUGAACAGGGAAAGCCUAUACCAACAGAGCUAAGAAAUGCUGAUAGAAGUGAGAGAGAGGAUUUUGGUUAUGAUCAAGCUCAAGACGCUCCAAGUACAUAUCAAGACGAUGAAUAUGCUAGAGCUGGCAUUUACGAUCCUAAAAUUCUCAUUACAACCUCGAGAGAUCCAAGCAGCCGUUUACAACAAUUUUCGAAGGAAAUGCGCUUAGUAUUUCCAAAUUCUCAGCGUAUCAACCGUGGUGGACAUGUUAUGAGUGAGAUUGUAGAGGCAUGUCGAGCGAACGAAGUGACAGAUUUAAUAGUUUUACACGAACAUCGUGGUCAGCCAGAUGGUAUGAUUGUAUGUCAUUUCCCUUAUGGUCCUACAGCAUAUUUUUCAUUGCAUAAUGUGGUACUUCGCCAUGAUAUAAAAGAUCAGGGCACAGUGUCAGAAGCCUUUCCUCAUUUGAUAUUCGAAAACUUCAACUCAAGAUUAGGCAAAAGAAUCACAGAUAUUCUAAAGUAUCUAUUCCCAGUUCCCAAAGAUGAUGCAAAACGUGUGAUGACAUUUGCAAAUGAUAAUGAUUACAUAUCGUUUAGACACCAUGUGUAUGUAAAAACUGGAAACCAGGUUGAGCUGGCAGAAGUGGGCCCUCGUUUUGAAAUGCGACCAUACGAAAUUAAACUCGGGACAGUCGAUUUAGCAGACGCAGAUGUAGAAUGGCAUCUUGCUUCAUAUACCAGAACUGCAGCAAGACGAGCAGAUUUGUAA